AUGCGGACUGAUCCGAGAGGGAGGAGGAAGAUUGUUUCAACAGCGCUGUGCUAUUCAGACCUGUACUGCCUGUUCAAGGUUGUGGAGAAGGAUUUUUUCCCAAUCGUCCUCGGCCAUGAGGCGGCCGGCAUUGUCGAGAGUGUUGGGCCUGGAGUCACAGAAUUUCAGCCAGGAGACAAGGUGAUUCCCCUCUACCUUCCUCAGUGUGGAGAAUGUCGCUUCUGUGAGAGCCCUAAGACAAACCAGUGUGAUGUAACUUGGAGUAGAAUAGGUUCAAAAGAGAUGGCACUGGCCAAUUCCAGGUUAACCUGUAAUGGGCAUAAGCUGCGGCAGUUUAUGGACAUCAGCACCUUCUCUGAGUACACUGUGACUCAUCAGAUGUCUGUGGCUAAGGUUGACCCUGAUGCUCCUCUGGAUAAAGUCUGCCUUCUUGGGUGUGGGGUCCCCACUGGGUAUGGGGCAGCUGUUAAUACUGCUAAGGUUGAGCCGGGCUCCACCUGUGCCGUGUUUGGUCUGGGAGCUGUGGGUUUGGCUGCAGUCAUGGGCUGCAAGGCUGCAGGAGCCAAAAUGAUUAUCGCUGUUGACAUCAACCCAGACAAGUUUGAGAAAGCCAGGGAGUUUGGAGCUACUGACUUCGUCAAUCCCAAGGAUUACGAUGAACCCAUUAGUCAAGUGCUAAUGGAGAUGACUGGUGGAGGUGUGGACUACUCCCUGGAAUGUGUUGGUGAUGUGGAAUGCAUG